GUCGGUCAUAAUCGUCACUUAUUUUAAAGGCGUUGUUCAUUUUUAGAAGACUUGCAUGAGAAGGAAAAAUUCGUGACACAAUAAUUUUUUUAAAUUUUUUGAUUAUAAUUUUUAUACGAGUUAAAUACGGCAGUUGUACAUAUUAGCAAACUUCUCGUGCCAUUAUAUUAGCAGGAUAAAAAAUAUUUGCGCAUUUGCAAUUAAUAUUAAAUUUUAAUCAAUGACGACGAUUCGCAAAAAAUUGGUGAUCGUUGGCGAUGGUGCCUGCGGUAAAACAUGUUUAUUAAUUGUCUUCAGUAAGGAUCAAUUUCCUGAAGUAUAUGUGCCUACGGUAUUUGAAAAUUAUGUCGCAGACAUAGAAGUUGAUGGCAAGCAGGUUGAACUGGCAUUAUGGGAUACUGCUGGCCAAGAAGAUUACGACAGACUCCGACCACUGAGUUAUCCGGAUACAGAUGUCAUCCUUAUGUGUUUCUCAGUGGAUUCACCCGAUUCUUUAGAAAAUAUUCCUGAAAAAUGGACCCCUGAGGUCAAACAUUUUUGUCCAAAUGUUCCAAUCAUUUUGGUAGGAAACAAAAAGGAUUUACGAAAUGAUCCUAAUACGAUUAGAGAUCUUGCAAAAAUGAAACAAGAGCCAGUCAAACCUCAAGAAGGUCGUGCUAUGGCAGAAAAAAUUAACGCGUUCGCAUAUUUGGAAUGUUCGGCUAAAUCCAAAGAGGGCGUUCGAGACGUUUUUGAAACAGCUACUAGAGCUGCAUUGCAAGUCAAAAAGAGGAAGAAGACCAAAUGCCUUUUGCUCUAAAAGAGCAAAAUUAGAACACACCAGAUAUAUACAACACAAAUCGUUAAAUUUUUACUUUAAUUACUUUUUCAAAGUUGAGUAUCUAUUUUAAAGCGUAUUUGAUUAUUCAAUGAUUCAUUUUAAUUUUAUUAAAAACAAAAAUUAAUUACACAAAUUAAAAAAUUUUUACCAUAAAGUAUAUAUGUACCACAUAUUUGAAUUGUUCAAAAUGAAUAUGGCGAAAAGAAAGAACUUCAAAGCAAAGUGUAAAAAUAAAAUAUCCUUGGAAACUAUAUCCAAAUAAAAUAUAUGAAUAAAAACAGUAAAUAAUCUAAAUAUAAUUUUCAAUAUCGAACACAAAAUGAAAAUCCAAAUCCUUAAAAAACAAAACAAAAACAACAACACAAGAAAAAAAAAAUAAAAAUAAAAAUCACACACAAAACAAAAUUAGACAAAAAUUAAUAUUUUCUAAUUGCUUUUUCUAAUUAACGGUAA